CGGGACAGCUGCUGCGGUCACACCACAAACUUAAAAGCCGCCCUCCCGCUCCGAGCGUGCCUUUCCUCGCCACCCUCGCCUCCCCACAGCUCCAGCUGGUGCCUGGCUCCGCGCCGCUCGCGGCAGGGCGCUCGGGGGGCAGCAGCGCCCCCUGCCUCCCGGCCUGGCCUCUGCGGCCGCAGCCUCCACGCUCCGCCAGGGCCGCCGGCGGCUCCGCGGCUCAGCCAGGGCUGCCGCUCAGAGGAGGUCGCGCCGGUGUCCCGGGUCGCCGCCUCGCACGUCCACCGCCUGCACCCCCUUCCUCUCUCCCGGAAAAGACGGCGGGCACAGAGAGUGGGCGAGAAGAGUUCGCGGCAGAAUCGUGGUAACCAUCUGAGUGGUCAAGUUGCUUGUAUCUUAUGCAUACAGACUGAUAUCAGCUAUUUCCCAGGACGUGCCUCGCUCCAUACCAGAUGUGAUAAGUGAGACACAGUGAAGUUAAGUAACUUUCCCGUGAAUAAACAGGAGGCCAGCGGCAGACCUGGGCUUUGCGCCUGCGUGCUCAAGCACCAUGCCACUCUACUUCUGACAUGUCCUGGAGGAGUUAUGGAAGAUUGAUCUUAACUUCUGCGAUUUAAGAUUAAAUUAACGCUGUUUGAAACAGAACAUUGUUUUCAUCAUGAUUGUUACUAAAGAUGAGAGACCAAAGUCCAGAAACCAUGAUUUUUACCUUUUUCAUGCCCUGAUGAUGCUAAGCAUGACCAUGCUGUUUCUUCCAGUCAUUGGAACGUCUAAGCAAAAUAUUCCACGACUCAAGCUAACCUACAAAGACUUGCUGCUUUCAAAUAGCUGUAUUCCCUUUUUGGGCUCAUCAGAAGGACUGGAUUUCCAAACCAUUCUGUUAGAUGAGGAGAGGGGCAGGCUGCUGCUGGGAGCCAAGGACCACAUCUUCCUGCUCAGUCUGGUUGACUUAAACAAAAAUUUUAAGAAGAUUUAUUGGCCUGCUGCAAAGGAACGGGUGGAAUUGUGUAAAUUAGCUGGGAAAGAUGCCAAUACAGAAUGUGCAAAUUUCAUCCGGGUACUUCAACCCUAUAACAAAACUCAUGUUUAUGUCUGUGGAACGGGAGCAUUUCAUCCAAUAUGUGGAUAUAUUGAUCUUGGAAUCUACAAGGAGGAAGUUAUGUUCAAACUAGACGCACAUCAUUUGGAGUCUGGCAGACUGAAAUGUCCUUUUGAUCCUCAGCAGCCUUUUGCUUCAGUAAUGACAGAUGAGUACCUCUACUCUGGAACAGCUUCUGAUUUCCUUGGCAAGGAUACUGCAUUCACGCGGUCCCUUGGGCCUACUCACGACCACCAUUACAUCAGAACUGAUAUUUCGGAGCACCACUGGCUCAAUGGAGCAAAAUUUAUUGGAACUUUCCCCAUCCCAGACACCUAUAAUCCAGAUGAUGAUAAAAUAUAUUUCUUCUUUCGUGAAUCAUCUCAAGAAGGGAGUACUUCUGAUAAGACCAUCCUUUCUCGAGUUGGAAGAGUUUGUAAGAAUGAUGUAGGAGGACAACGCAGCCUGAUAAACAAAUGGACCACUUUUCUCAAGGCCAGACUGAUUUGCUCAAUUCCUGGAAGUGAUGGGGCAGAUACUCAUUUUGAUGAGCUUCAAGACAUUUACUUACUCCCCACAAGAGAUGAAAGAAAUCCUGUAGUAUAUGGAGUCUUUACCACAACCAGCUCCAUCUUCAAAGGCUCUGCUGUGUGUGUGUAUAGCAUGGCUGACAUCAGAGCAGUUUUUAAUGGUCCAUAUGCGCAUAAGGAAAGUGCAGAUCAUCGUUGGGUGCAGUAUGAUGGAAGAAUUCCUUAUCCCCGACCUGGUACAUGUCCAAGCAAAACCUAUGACCCACUGAUUAAAUCCACCCGAGAUUUUCCGGACGAUGUCAUCAGUUUCAUAAAGCGGCACCCUGUGAUGUAUAAAUCAGUAUAUCCAGUUGUGGGAGGACCAACAUUCAAGCGCAUCAAUGUGGAUUACAGACUGACACAGAUUGUGGUGGAUCACGUUGUCGCAGAAGAUGGCCAGUACGAUGUGAUGUUUCUUGGAACAGACAUUGGAACAGUCCUAAAAGUUGUCAGCAUUUCAAAGGAGAAGUGGAAAAUGGAAGAGGUAGUACUGGAGGAGUUACAUAUAUUCAAGCAUUCAUCAAUCAUCUUGAACAUGGAGUUGUCUCUGAAGCAGCAACAGUUGUACAUUGGUUCCCGAGAUGGACUGGCUCAGCUCUCCUUGCACAGAUGUGACACUUAUGGGAAAGCUUGUGCAGACUGUUGUCUUGCCAGAGACCCCUACUGUGCCUGGGAUGGAAAUGCAUGCUCUCGCUAUGCACCCACUUCAAAAAGGCGAGCUAGACGCCAAGAUGUGAAGUAUGGGGACCCAAUCACCCAGUGCUGGGACAUAGAAGACAGCAUUAGUCAUGAAGCUGCUGAUGAAAAGGUGAUUUUUGGCAUUGAAUUUAAUUCAACCUUUCUGGAAUGUAUACCUAAAUCCCAACAAGCAUCUAUUAAGUGGUAUAUCCAGCGGUCAGGAGAUGAAUAUCGAGAGGAGUUGAAACCCGAUGAAAGGAUCAUCAAAACAGAAUACGGGCUACUGAUUCGAAGUCUGCAGAAGAAGGACUCUGGGAUGUAUUACUGCAAAGCACAGGAGCACACUUUUAUCCACACCAUAGUGAAGCUGACUUUGAAUGUCAUUGAGAAUGAACAGAUGGAAAAUACCCAGAGGGCAGAGCACGAAGAGGGGCGGGUCAAGGAUCUGUUGGCUGAGUCACGGUUGAGAUACAAAGACUAUAUCCAAAUCCUUAGCAGCCCGAACUUCAGCCUCGACCAGUACUGUGAACAGAUGUGGCACAGGGAGAAGCGGAGACAGCGAAACAAGGGCGGCCCAAAGUGGAAGCACAUGCAGGAAAUGAAGAAGAAACGAAAUCGAAGACAUCACAGAGACCUAGAAGAGCUUCCUAGAGCUGUGGCUACAUAGUUUUCUAUUUAAUUUAAAGAAAAAGAAUUCUUCACCUGCAAAAAUACUCUCUUCUCUUUUAUUCAUCCUUAUAUUAACUCAUAAGAGCUUUCCAUGGAGUUUUGCUAAAGCACAAGAACAGUAAUCUGAAUAAGACUGUAUCUGGUGGAUAUGGCAUUAGUAAGGGCAAACCAUUCAUCUGAACCAAUUUUCCAAGAACUAAACUUAUACCUGCAAAGUAUCAGAAUUAUCUCAAAAGAGGGGCUUUACAUUUGUAAAUGUUUUACACUCUGAGUUUUUGAAUUUGUUAUGUUACGUAAAUAACUGAGCUAAGAAAGCGUCAAAUUUGACAUUGUAAUAAGGUGCUUUAUUUCCCUUGCAUGGUCUUUAAGCAUGGAGUUUACCAUGUAGUUGUGCUAUAUGUUCUUAUGAACAGAUACAUCAUUCCACUCUAGAACUGGCUACCUGGUGGUAGGAUUGGAGGGAAGACAUAAGAUACAGCUCACAUUAUCAACAGGAACUUUCCCAGUGAGCCAUUCACUCUUGGUGCAUGGUUUAGGAAUCUGGAGAGGUGCAUUACUCCUUUCAGACUCCAGGGGUUACAUUUAGUGUCCUGGAGCAUUGAUUUACUGAAGGGCAUAAAUGUUCCUCCCAGGAUUCCUUAUGACCUGUCAGGAUAACAGGUUCACAGAGAGAAGUUGGUGCUCAGUUAUGUGUCUUUAGAAUAUAUGGUGAGCUUUACAGGGACAGAAUGUUUAAUAAAUAUUUUAAUAGGAUAUGGGAAAGCAUUUUAAUAAAAUAAGGGAAACAUCAUGAUGUAUACUGCAUCCUAAUGGGAAAGCACGCAGCUGGGAUUUGUUAAGAGAAAGAAAGAAAGACAGCCAUAAAUUCUGGCUUUGGGGAAAACUCACAUCCCCAUAAAAAGGAAGAACAAUCACAAAUACAGUGCGUGAAAUGUACUGUAGCUUUACUCACUGGAAUAUAUGUAGCUGCCAAUUUGUAAUCCAUCUGUUAAAAAAAACCUCUAGAUUAUAACAGACUGCUAGCAAAAGUCUGAGGAAAAGUAAAUUUUCUAAAGAAUCAUGGGAAAAAUGAAUACAAAUUUAUUUACAACCAAUGGGAUUUCAGUAUGUACUUCCUCUCUUUUUUCUAAAAAUGCAUCAUGCUCUAUAAAUUAUUUCUAUUUACUGCCUUUAUGCUCUCCCAAAUAUUGGAUUAUUAGAUUUUAUUUGAAUGAAUAGGAAAAAGCAAUAUAUACAUAUAUAUAGAGAAUUAGGUAGACAGCAGUGAUGGGGAGCGGGAAUACUAUAUAUUUGUUGAAUAACAGAACAAAUGCAAAAAUUUUGACAACGGAAAGGGUUAAAUUAACUCUUUGACAUCUUUUCUUCACACAAUCUUUUUGCAUUUCUGAGAUUAUAUGCUGUAAUUCAAGUAGCAUUGUUUUAGUAAUUUAAUAAUAAAUAAGCCUACUGCAUGUAAAGAAAACAAACUCACAACAUUAACAUAAACAUUUUUUCACAUUUUGUUAGCACUUUCAAAUGUUUCUAAUUUGUUCUUUCCUCUGAAUAUGUAUGGUAUGUUUCCUGCCUUUUUAAGAAGGACUCACCUUUCCUUCGUAUAACACAAAACCCUCAGCCUUCUUCUGUUUUGCCUUUUCACGCCGUUUUUAGUGUGAAAUGAUAAAUUAGUCACUUCCUCACAUGGAAGGCAGCUUUUCAGAAAACUAAAUAGCAGACAUAGCUCGUUUCUCAUGCAUUCUACGUGUCUUGAAAAUAAAAGCCUGUGAGAACCCUGUGAUUAUAGGGCAACUUAUUACAGAGUUCAGUAUCAUGUCUGUGACUGGCUUUAUGCUCAAAACGUUCUAUCUUACAUUCAUUGUAUUUGCAUUGCUUACCUACUCAAAGUAGUCACA